UCGAUCAUCUUCUAUACAACUACAAACCCCAUGAAGCAUUCAUAUUGUGCUUAGGUUCCAGGGCUACUUUAAUAAUUAUUCUAUUAGUUCCAAACUCAUUAUUAGUUGUUUACACAGAUCUGAGGGUACUAAUUUGUUUUUCGAAGAUGGCUUUUGGAGAAAACCUUGUGACGCUUGCCAUAUGCAUCGUCUUGGGGACAUUUGCAUCCCAAGCCACAUCUCGCGCAGUCUACAAAGCUUCCAUUGCUGAAAAACAUGAGCAAUGGAUGGCCGAGUAUGGGCGUGUCUACCAAGACAGCGCAGAGAAGGAACGGCGUUUUGCUAUAUUCAAGAAGAAUGUAGAGUUUGUGGAAAAAUUCAACAAUGACGGGGACAAGUCGUACACGUUAAGUGUCAAUCAAUUCUCUGAUACGACUGAUGAAGAAUUCCUCAAACCUCAUACUGGAUACAAAACGCCCAUCCACUCAAGUUUCACGGCUUCAUCCAAAGAUGAAUCGUUUAUGUACCAAAGGCGCCUGGCCACCGAGCAAAUCCCAGCUAGGAUGGACUGGAGGGAACAUGGAGCUGUGACUCCUAUCAAGAAUCAAUUUUCAUGUGGUGCUUGCUGGACAUUUGCGGCGGUGGCCGCCGUGGAAGGGAUUACAAAAAUCAAAACCGGCAAAUUGGUCUCCUUGUCCGAGCAACAACUUUUGGAAUGUGACGACGAUGGUAGUCGCUGCAAACAAGGUGACAUAGAAUCAGCUUUUAAAUACAUAAUGAAAAAUAAAGGAAUUGCUACUACAAAAGAGUACCCAUACCUGAGCACUUCUUUAAACCAAACGUUCCAAGCAUGCGACACUCGUAAGGCAGCUCAUCAUGCUGCAACGAUUACUAGCUAUGGUCGAGUGAACAAUGGGGUUUAUGUCAGAGAACGUCCUCUCCUCAAUGCUGUUUCCUUCCAACCGAUCGCGGUUGCCAUCGACGGUAGUGGAAAGGAAUUUAAGAUGUACGGAGGUGGCGUCUUCGAAGGUCCUUGUGGUGAACACCUGAACCAUGCUGUAACAGUUAUUGGGUAUGGGACUGAAAAAGACACCGACUACUGGCUAAUCAAGAAUUCAUGGGGGGAAAAGUGGGGUGAAAAUGGAUACAUGAGAAUUCUAAGAACUAAUGAUCCAGGUGGAGGACUCUGCGGCCUUGCUUUGUGUCACGGGCCGACUUACUACGCAGCGGAAUAUGACCCGUGCGGCGCCAAGGUUACUCUUAACCAAGGCCAGCCUAACUCAACAUCCAUUCAUGAUGCCAACUUUCUUUUCUUACUUGUGCGCCUCCCGUGUCAUUCCGAUCUUUCCCUCUUACAUUCCUUGCUCGUGAGGUUCCACCAAUGAAAGCUACUCACACAUGAGUGUCACAACUUGUGACUUAUCGAUCGCUUCCUCGUGUCAUGGUACUCCCAUGCCACUCGCCCAACCGAUAGGCUUCCAUGCCAUCCGCUUACCGAUCGCUUCCUUGUGUCAUGGUACUCCCACGACACUCGCCCAACCGAUAGGCUUCAAUGCCAACCCCUUACCGAUCGCUUCCUCGUGUCAUGGUGCUCCCAUGACACUCUCCCAACCAAUAAGCUUCCAUGCCAACCCCUUACUAACAAGCGUGCACCUUUCACCUCGUAGCAAGCGGCAU